AAGAAAAAUGACUAAGUGUGUACGAUAGACAUCUUUUUGAAACACAUGGAGAGAGAUUUCCGCAUAAACACAAGACGUCCAAAAUCACAACAUGCCGGCAUUUGAAAUUCGAAUCACUGAAAAAAAGGGUAAAAGUCUUUUCGCUUCAAGCCAAAUAAAGGCAGGCUCCGUUAUAUUUGAAGAGGCUCCUCUGAUAUCAUCCCAAUUUUCUUGGAAUGCAGUUUAUGGUUAUUUAGCAUGCGAAUUUUGUUUGCGACCACUUGAAACAGCAGAAUCUAAUGUUCGACGCUUAACCAACGAUUACACGAUCAGUCUACCGCAUCUUGAAUGUUGCCAGAUUCAAGAAGAACUGAGCAAACAUGUAAAAUGUCCGAAUUGUUUCGAGAUGUAUUGUAGUGAAGAAUGCUUACAAAGUGCAUUGGAUAAUUAUCAUAAAGUUUUAUGCUUGGGUGCCAAUCGGAAUGACACCAAUCACCCUAAUAAUGCGCUGGUAGAGUUUUGGAAGAAAACGCACUAUCCACCAGAAACAUCAAGUAUAAUGCUAGUGAUUAAAAUCAUCGGAAUGUUUAAACAGACUAAUGAUGCGCAAAGGUUACGAUCACAAUUCAGCCAAUUUCUCAGCCAAACAGAAAAUCAGGACUUAAUGAUUUUUCAUAAGAUGCUGGGUGAAAACUUUUCGCAACAGAUUGAGCAACUAUACGAACUGAUUUGUGAUGCAUUCGACCCUUCCUCUGACGAGCGCCUUCAAUGGUUGACCUUAUCCGGUUUCAAAUCGUUAUUGGCACUAAUAGGAACCAACGGUCAAGGGAUUGGAACAAGCUCAUUUGCUGACUGGGUGCGAAAUGUAUCAGAUUUAGCAUUGACAGAAGAACAGCGUGAAUCUUUGGAUGAGCUAAUAGAUCGUCUUUAUAGUAAACUGGACGAGGUAGCAGGAAGCUUUUUGAAUAAUGAGGGAUCCGCCUUGUACAGUACACAGAGUAAAAUUAAUCAUAGUUGCGUACCAAACGCUGAAUGCCGUUUUCCUUAUUCCAAUCAUCAUUUACAACUAACGGCCAUCUGUAAUAUAGAGCCAGGUCAGGAAAUCUGUAUAUCUUAUUUAGAUGAAUGCGCUCUCGAAAGAUCACGACACUCGCGACAAAAAAUACUUAGCGAAAAUUAUCUAUUUCACUGUCAGUGCGAAAAAUGUGAAAAUCAAAUUAACGAUAGCGACGAAACAUCCGAAGAUGAAGAUGAUAUUGAAGAAGAACGAAUGGAUGACUCGGAUUAAGGCCAAUUUACAUGAAUAUAAACUAUGAUAACUUGUUAAAAAUAUUUCACAGUUUCAUUUCGAAUGAUACAAAUUGGCAACACCACGAUUUGUUAGCUUGCUCGAAAAAUAUCUCUAGCCCUGCAGUUGUCCUGUAGACUAAUAGCGAAUUUCUUUAUGUAUUCUACUGUGUGCGGGCAAAACUGCCGAGGAAUAAUGAAACGUCAUCGCCAUUUAAGAAGCAAGUAAGAAAGAGAUGCCAGAUAACUGUACGAACUUAGCACGUGCGGUGGUGGGUUGACGCUGACAAAUUUUACAGUGCGCUUCGGGCAGCACGGCAGGUCAAAACUGGGUCAAAAUCGACCGAAUAAAGACGGGUUUUGACAGCAGUUAGUGCGCUUCCAGGUCAAAACGAGGUGAGCUGGUGGAAUAAAGAAAUUCGCCAUAAAACAGUUGGCUGCGAAGUCUGUGUAUAAAUAAACAGAAGGUCGAUUUCCGAAUCGGGAUGUAGCACCAAGAAUAUGGAUAAAGUUGAGGAUUUACACAACAAAAGACUGUUCGUCUCUGUCCAAGGUUGUGCUAUGUUAGAAAAAAAUAAGAACUUUUCUAUGUUUUCGAAUUUUUCCCUGCCAGUAAGGUAGGUAGGAUUCAGUUCUGCUUACUGUCGCGAAUUCAUGUGUACACAUACUUUAAAAUUACGUUUGACGCUCAGUAAGAGCACCCCAGUUCUAGAUCGGGUUUCAUCUAUCAAAAGUCUAACUGCCAAAACAUUUACUUACGGAAAUUAACAAAAAAAAAAAACUCAUUUCUUAUCGGCCUUACCAACAACCUCGACCGCAAACAAGAAUAAAAUCAUCUAUCUAACAUUAUGUUCAUCUAUAAAUAACUCAUUGUGUUUCAUAUACCUACAUUGACAACAUCGUAGACUACACAAAACAUAACUAAUGCAGCAUGCGAAACACUAUGAAGUAAACGUUACUCAAUUUGUGACCUAUUUCUAAAAAAAUGACAAAAGAUUCGUUGAAAUGUGGCAGAACCAAUUAAUUAAACUUAAUAUAAAUAUAUAAGAAUUAUUCCCUA